AUCUAGGUUAAGAUAUGCCAACUGUCUCUAUGCCCCAUCUGUGUCCCAUCAAAGGAUGAACUAUUUGGCAAUUUGCGUUAUGUGGAUAGGCUAAAAGAUGGCGCAGCGGUGACUGCAUUGAGUAUCCCGUUCACACACUCCAGUUACAUCGUAAACAACUGGACAUCUCUCUCUCUCUCUCUCUCUCUCUCUCUCUCAGUGCUGUUGCGACAUUCACUCUCCGUGGUCUUUACAUGGUCGACUUGUUAUUCCAUAGCGAUAUAGGACCGUUUUAAAUCAAUUUAUCCGACUCAAAAACGAGUUUGGGAUCGACAGAUAGAAAAUUCGCCUGCUGUGCUGUGUUUCUGUGUACCGGAGGUUUGAAAUAAAUGAAUACAGAAGGUGUUUCUCUCCAUCCUGGCAGUGGACCGCGGGAGAUGCUGCGGCUGCAUUGAUAAGAGUUGGGAGAAGGGAUCCGCACAGAAGUGACAGCCUCAGCCGGAUAGGAUGACAACCUAACACUUCCUGCGAUAGACUGAGUCAACCUUGUCGGAUGACAGCAAGAUGCACUGACUGACUGACGACCGGACCAGAAAAAAAUGCGUAGUUUGAGAGGCGAAAUAUGAACGUACAUUCCACUUUGGUUUUCUUUUUUUUGCAGGCGUUGAGACGCAGUGAUAUAUUUCCGUGGAUCUGAGCGGUUUAUGCAACUUUUCCCGGUUCUUUUUCCCAUGAUAACGGCGAACCCGUGCUUGGUUUACCUGGAAUUUCACCAGGAUCAUGUGGACCCCGACGGAAGAGGAGAAAAUCGGAGUUGUGAUCUGUACAUUCCGAGGGACGGUGACCCAUGGUCUGGCUCUGGAGAUAGGAGAGACAGUCCAAAUACUGGAGAAAUGUCAAGGAUGGUACCGAGGAUUCUCCACCAGGAAACCCACAAUCAAGGGGAUCUUCCCAACCAGCUACGUUCACUUGAAGAAGGCCACGGUAACCAACAGAGGGCAGUAUGAGACAGUGGUAUCGCUGGAAGACGCCAUCGUGACGGAGGUGACCUCCACUCUGCAGGAAUGGGCCCUCUCGUGGAAGCAACUCUACGUGAAACACAAGGUGGACUUGUUCUACAAGUUGCGUCACGUGAUGAAUGAGCUGUUUGACCUUCGGAGACAGAUGCUGUCUGGUCACCUGACCCAGGAUCAGUUCAAAGAUGUCAAGAAACACAUCACAGUCCGCCUGGACUGGGGCAACGAACACCUAGGCCUGGAUCUCGUACCCAGGAAGGAGUUUGAGAUGGUUGAUGCAGAACAGAUCAGCGUCUCAGAAUUAUACAAAAUGCAUCUGUCCAGCAGACACAGUGUCCAGCAAAGCACAACCCAGCAGGGUGACGGUGUGCGUCGGGGUCACGGUGGAGAGCCCUGCUCUAUCCCCGUCCCUCACCACCUGUUCAUCAGCCUGAAGAGCUUCACCUACAACACCAUGGGAGAAGACACAGACAUCUUCUUCUCUCUCUACGACCUCAGGGAGGGGAAUCAGAUCAGUGAGAAGUUUAUGGUCAGACUGAACAAGAAUGGAGGUCCCAAAAAUCCAGAAAAGGUUGACCGACUGUGUGCUCUCUUCACGGAUCUAAGCAAUAAGGACAUGAAGCGGGACCUGUAUAUCGUUUCCCAAGUCAUCAGAACUGGUCGGAUGCUGCUGAAUGACUCUAAGAAGGGUCCUCCUCACGUCCAGUACAGAAGGCCGUACGGCUGCGCGGUGCUGGCCAUGAGUGAUGUACUACAGACCAUCUCAGAGCUGAAGGAGGAGAAGGACUUUGUUCUCAAAGUCUACACAUGUAACAAUGAGAACGAAUGGUACCAGAUCCAUGAAAACAUCAUAAGAAAGUCCAGCACCAAGUACACAGCUCCCAGCACCAACUAUGGUCUGAUCAUCUCUCUCCAGCUGCUGCGAGGAGAGAUGGAACAGAUAAGGAGAGAGAACCCGAUGAUCUUCAAUAGAGGCGUGGCCUUGACACGCAAGCUGGGUUUCCCCGAUGUCAUCAUGCCAGGUGACACCCGUAAUGACCUCUAUCUCACCUUGGAGAGAGGAGACUUUGAGAGGGGAGGAAAGAGUGUCCAGAAGAACAUUGAGGUCACUGUUUACGUGCUCUACGCAGACGGAGAGAUACUCAAGGACUGUAUCAGCCUGGGCAGUGGUGAGCCCCACAUCAGUGAACAUCGUUCAUUUGUCCUCUACCACAACAACAGCCCCCGCUGGAGCGAGGUGGUUAAACUACCCAUCCCCAUAGACUGCUUCAGAGGGUCACACCUACGCUUCGAGUUCAGACACUGCUCCACCAAAGACAAGGGGGAGAAGAAGCUGUUUGGUUUUGCCUUCACACCACUGAUGAGAGAGGACGGGACAACGCUGUCAGACGAGAGUCACGAGCUCUUUGUGUACAAGUGUGAUGAGAAUGCUACGUUCAGUAACCAUGCAUUGUACCUGGGUCUGCCCUGCUGUAAGGAGGACUUCAAUGGCUGUCCCAACAUUCCCUCCAGCCUCAUCUUCCAACGCAGCACCAAGGAGACCCUCUGGAUCUCCACACAGCUCUCCUCCACCAAGCUCACACAGAAUGUGGACCUGCUGGCUUUGUUGAAGUGGAAGGCCCACCCAGACAGAGUGAUGGACAUCCUGGGGAGACUACGCCACGUCAGUGGAGAGGAGAUCGUCAAGUUUCUUCAAGACAUCUUGGACACCCUGUUUUCCAUCCUGGAUGACAACACUGACAAGUACGGCCCCCUGGUGUUCCAGUCACUGGUGUUCAUCAUUAAUCUGCUGAGGGACAGCAAGUACUAUCACUUCUGCCCCGUUAUGGACACUUACAUCCAGAAGCACUUUGCUGGAGCGCUGGCUUACAAAGAGUUGAUCCGCUGUCUGAAGUGGUACAUGGACCGUUCUGCAGAGGUGGUGAGACAGAACCACAUCCAAGAGGCCAUGAGGGCUCUGGAGUACCUGUUGAAGUUCAUUAUCCAGUCUCGGAUCCUGUACUCCCGUGCUACCUGUGGUAUGGAGGAAGAACAGUUCAGGGCUAGCAUCCAAGAGCUCUUCCAGUCCAUCCGCUUUGUACUCAGUCUGGACAGCCGCAGCUCUGAGACACUCGUUUUCACACAGGCGGCGCUAUUGAACUCGUUCCCGGCCAUCUUUGACGAACUGCUUCAGAUGUUUACAGUCCAGGAAGUGGCAGAGUUCGUACGGGGUACGCUGGGCAGCAUGCCAAGUACCGUACACAUCGGACAGUCCAUGGAUGUCGUCAAACUGCAGUCCAUCGCUCGCACCGUCGACAGUCGCCUCUUCUCCUUCCCAGAGUCUCGUAGGAUCUUGCUUCCUGUGGUCCUACAUCACAUCCACCUCCACCUGAGACAGCAGAAAGAGCUGCUCAUCUGUUCUGGCAUCCUCAGCAGUAUCUUCUCCAUCAUCAAAACCAGCUCUCUGGACACCCCAGUGCAGGAGGAGGUAGAGAUGAUGGUGGAAUCUCUUCUGGAUGUUCUUCUCCAGACCCUGCUGGCCAUCAUGACCAAGUCUCAGUCCCAGGAGGCGGUAAGAGGCCAUCGCUGCCCACAGUGCACGGCUGAGAUCACUGGAGAGUAUGUGUCCUGCCUCCUAUCCCUGCUGCGUCAGAUGUCUGACAUCCACUUCAAACAUCUACUGGACAACUUCCAGAGCAAAGAGGAAGUCAUGGAGUUCCUUCUGAAGAUAUUCUGUGUGUUUCGUAACCUGAUGAAGCUCAGUAUUUUUCCCCGGGACUGGAACGUGAUGAGGCUGCUGACCAGCAACACCAUAGUGACAACGGUCCAAUAUCUGUCUCCGGCUUUACACAAGAACUUCACCGAGGCUGACUUUGAAUUCAAGGUGUGGAACUCAUACUUCAGUCUGACUGUUCUCUACAUCAGCCAGCCCAGUCUACAACUAGAGAACACCACCCCAGCCAAGAGGAAGAACGUGUUGGACAAGUAUGGUGACAUGAGGGUGAUGAUGGCCUACGAGCUGUUCAGCAUGUGGCAGAACCUCGGAGAGAACAAGAUCCACUUCAUCCCAGGUAUGAUAGGUCCGUUCCUGGGUGUGACCCUGGUGCCUCAGGGGGAGGUCAGGAACAUCAUGAUCCCAAUCUUCCACGACAUGAUGGACUGGGAGCAGAGGAAGAACGGGAACUUCAAACAGGUGGAGGCAGAGCUGAUAGACAAGCUGGACAGUCUGGUGUCUGAAGGAAAAGGAGAUGAGAACUACAGAGAACUCUUCAGCCUGCUAACCCAGCUCUUUGGGCCUUACCCCAGUCUGCUGGAGAAGAUCGAGCAGGAGACUUGGAGGGAGACGGGGAUCUCCUUCGUCACCUCUGUCACACGGCUGAUGGAACGUCUGCUGGACUACAGGGACUGCAUGAAAGGAGAUGAGACAGAGAACAAGAAGAUUGGCUGUACUGUCAACCUGUUGAACUUCUACAAGUCAGAGAUCAACAAGGAGGAGAUGUACAUCCGUUACAUCCACAAGCUGUGUGACAUGCACCUUCAGGCUGAGAACUACACAGAGGCUGCAUUCACCCUGCUGUUGUACUGGGAGCUACUGCACUGGGAAGAGAGGCCUCUAAGGGAGUUCCUACUCUACCCAGCCCAGAGCGAGUGGCAUCGCAAAGAAGGCCUCAGUCGCAAGGUCAUCCACUACUUCAACAAGGGAAAGUGCUGGGAAUACGGGGUACCAUUGUGCAGAGAGCUGGCUUUCCAGUAUGAGACAUUAUACGACUACCAAAGCCUCAGCUGGAUAAGGAAAAUGGAAGCUGCUUACUAUGACAGCAUCAUUGAGCAGCAGCGUCUCGAGCCAGAGUUCUUCAGGGUGGGAUUCUACGGACGCAAGUUCCCCUUCUUCCUCAGAAACAAGGAGUUUGUCUGCCGCGGUCAUGACUACGAACGGCUUGAAGCCUUCCAGCAAAGGAUGCUGGGAGAAUUCCCACAAGCCAUUGCCAUGCAGCACCCUAAUCAACCAGACGAGGCCAUCUUACAGUGUGACGCCCAGUAUCUGCAGAUCUAUGCGGUGACGCCGGUACCGGAGAAUGUCAAAAUUCUCCAAAUGGACCGCGUUCCAGACCGCAUCAAGAGCUUCUACCGUGUCAACAACGUGCGUCGCUUUCGCUACGACCGGCCCUUCCACAAAGGAUCCAAAGACAGAGAGAACGAGUUCAAGAGCUUGUGGAUCGAGAGGACUACGCUGAUCCUCACACUUCCUCUUCCUGGUAUCUCUCGCUGGUUUGAGGUGGACAAGAGAGAGCUGGUGGAGGUGAGUCCUCUGGAGAAUGCCAUCUACGUGGUGGAGAACAAGAACCAUGAGCUGCGGACCCUGAUCAGCCAGUACCAACACAAGCAGCUCCAUGGCAACAUCAACCUGCUGUCCAUGUGUCUCAAUGGGGUCAUUGACGCUGCCGUCAACGGGGGCAUCGCUAGAUACCAGGAGGCCUUCUUUGAUAAGGAGUACAUCAGCAGCCACCCAGAAGACACAGAGAAGAUCACUGCCCUCAAAGACCUCAUGCAAGAACAGGUUUACAUCCUGGGGGUGGGGCUUGCGGUCCAUGACAAGCUGGUGCACCCUGAAAUGCGUCCCCUGCACAAGAAGCUGAUAGAUCAGUUCCAGAUGAUGAGGAGCAGUCUCUAUGGUCUGCCGGGACUGGACAAGCUGAGUGCUGCCUGUUCUGGGGCCAGCACCCCUAGAGGCAUCCUGGCUACGCACGGCCCCAUGAGCCCCGACAUCCUGGCUACGCACGGCCCCAUGAGCCCCGACAGCUUCAAACUCAUUCACAGGCACAGUCCACUGAAUCUGCUGGGGUCUAUCCGCCAAUCGUCCUCCUCACUGUCCUCUCACACCUCCAGCGAGACGGGUAACCUGGUGAUCCUGACGGACAGCAUGGUGGAGGACAUCUACCGUAUGCAGCCCAGUCCUUCGUCCUCCAGUCUGAGCUCUACCCACUCAGCCCCCUCCCAGAUGAUGAACUCUGACCCCACCAGUAUCAGAGGCUCCCCGUCGCUGCCAGAAAAAUACAGACACAACCGUGAGAUGUUGAUGCUGCUGCCUCUGCACCGUGAGAGACCCAGUUCUGCCAUGUACCCCAACAUCACUGAGAACGGACAGCCAACUAACUUCCAGCGAGCGUUGUUCCACCAGGUGAUUGGUCCAUGCAAGCCCUGUAGCGACCCUAACCUGUCCGUAGCAGAGAAAGUCCUGACCACCCCCAGCUCCUGGAGUCUGGACAGUGGUACUAGAGAGGCGUUGCCAUUCCUGUCCGCCCACGUUGGGAGUGUGUUGGCCCCCCCAGUCCCGCCUCGUAGCCUUCCUCAUGGACACUUCUCCAUGCAUUUUGAUGCUUUCCACCACCAGAACAACGACCUCCCUCCAGCUCUCCCUGCGCGCUCCUCUUUACGAAAGUCACCCCUGCACCCUAUACCUGCCUCGCCCACCAGUCCCCAGUCCCAGUCCCAGUCCCAGUCCGGCCUGGAUGGCAGUAACUCCACCCUCUCUGGCAGCGCCUCCUCCGGCGUCUCUUCCUUGAGUGAGAGCAACUUGUUGGGCCAGUCCUGCUCCACCGAGCCCCCUGGAACAGCCAGCAGACACCCAGCAGGCACCCUGGACUCUAUCUCCAUCACCCCCAGCACGGUGCACUCUAUCUGGGCUAUAGACGGAGAAGACCUGGGAAUGGACUCCCCCUCUAGUUCCUACCUGCCUGUCCGAUACAGCGUCUCCGAGCCAGAGGUCCCGGAUGUCUCCAAGCCCCUUCCCUGCCGUAGCCACUCCGCCCCUGGGUGGGUCACCCCGGUCAUCACCCCUAUUAUCCCCAUCCUCCCAGAGUCCCACGCCCUAAACAUCCAUAACCUUCCCCGCUACCAUCAGGAGCCACCGCCCGCCCUGCCCCCCAAGCCCUACCUGAGAGAGGGGUGUAUCCCUGAGGAAGGGUGUAUUCUCGUGCCCAGGCCCAUGCCACGCAAGAUCUCUCAGCCUCUCACCACCUCUAAGGAAGAGCAGGCCAAGGUGGCGUGGGAGCACGCCAUCACAGAGGAGUAAAGAGCAGGCCUGGGGUUUAUUCAGUCAGUGAUGUAAAUCUUUGUGAAUGUUUCAGAUAUAAAUAGUGUGAAUAGAGCUGACACCUGAUUCCCCCCCCCCCCAAUUCCAUCUGACAGACAAUCAUAUCUGUUCUACAUUAUAUAUUUCUAUCUGAAUGUUCUGUAACUUUAUAUCCUCCUGAACAUGCCCAUGGUUCAGAAAUGGUUGAGGCCAGUGUUAGGGCCUGUCUCUCUGAGGGGCCAGUGUUAGGACCUGUCUCUCUGAGGGGCCAGUGUUAGGACCUGUCUCUCUGAGGGACCAGUGUUAGGGCCUGUCUCUCUGAGGGGCCAGUGUUAGGGCCUGUCUCUCUGAGGGGCCAAGGUUAGGGCCUGUCUCUCUGAGGGGCCAAGGUUAGGGCCUGGGUUAGGGCCUGUCUCUCUGAGGGGCCAGUGUUAGGGCCUGUCUCUCUGAAGAGCCAGUGUUAGGGCCUGUCUCUCUGAGGGGCCAGUGUUAGGGCCUGUCUCUCUGAGGGGCCAGUGUUAGGGCCUGUCUCUCUGAGGGGCCAGUGUUAGGGCCUGUCUCUCUGAGGGGCCAGUGUUAGGGCCUGUCUCUCUGAGGGGCCAGUGUUAGGACCUGUCUCUCUGAGGGGCCAGUGUUAGGGCCUGUCUCUCUGAGGGGCCAGUGUUAGGACCUGUCUCUCUGAGGGGCCAGUGUUAGGGCCUGUCUCUCUGAGGGGCCAGUGUUAGGACCUGUCUCUCUGAGGGGCCAGUGUUAGGACCUGUCUCUCUGAGGGGCCAGUGUUAGGACCUGUCUCUCUGAGGGGCCAGUGUUAGGGCCUGUCUCUCUGAGGGGCCAGUGUUAGGACCUGUCUCUCUGAGGGGCCAGUGUUAGGACCUGUCUCUCUGAGGGGCCAGUGUUAGGACCUGUCUCUCUGAGGGGCCAGUGAUAUAGAGGGGAAUGGUAAAAAAUGAUCCCCCUCCUUCCACUUCAUUCCUUCUCACAGAGUAUCCUAUUUUGGUAUUGACGAAUGCUAGCUGUGAUCUAAUUGUACACAUCUAAACGUGUUUGUUUGCAAAUGCAUCUUUGGAAUGAUAAGUCUUUUCCAUUUUCGAUUGCUUAUUCUUUCAAACUCCUGUAAAAAAAAAAAAAGUAUAUUGAUUGUCCUUUCUAUGAAUUGUGUCACUAACUCACACCAAUGAUGGGAACUACCUUUUAGAAAACAUAUCAUUCUGUAAAAGUAUUUCUUCUUUUAUUGAUAGUUCAGGUCCACAUGCAGGGAGCUAAUGGAUUGUGAACCACACAUUUAACCAGACAUUUAAUUAAUGAAUUGAAUUAAACUGAAGCAAACCUCAGUAGAGUAAAAAAAAAAACCUGUUUGAUUAUGACCUCUAUUUUCAAUUUUUAAUUUUUUUUAUAGACAAGUUGCACUUUAGCAACUUAAUAAUAAACAUUACUUAUUAUUUAUUAAUAAUAUGAUAAUAACAUUAUUAUUACAUUAUUUAAUAAAUGUUAAAAACACAUUUGAUUCUAUUCACACUUAGACAUUUAUAUAUAUAUAUAUAUAUAUAUAUAUCUUCAUUUUUAUAUAUAUAUGAAGAUGGGUUAAGUGAAGUCUCGGGUUUUAUUAGGGUAUGGAGGGGGGGAGGGGAGGAGUUUGGAGAGAUGAUGAUUGUUAUUGAGGUCAGGUGAUCUUAACAUUACGGUUGUUUGUUAUUUCCUGUAAGCGAUGCAUAUUACUAACUGACCGUACUUUUUGUAGUGUUGAUGUAACGCUGAUACACUCAGCGAUGCAACUGGCUUUUACUGAGAAAAAUAAAAAUGGUGGGGGUGGGAGACAAUAGUUUGAUGAAUAGAGAGAGACGGAGGGGGGGGGGGGUUACGAACUAAUACAAAACGUCAGGUCACAUACUCCUUAACACUUCCUCUUACUCUGUCACAACUUCCUGUGGCACUGCUCUUCCUCGACAGACAGACAGACAGUCAGAGGCUUAAAUACCGUGGUAAGGCUUCAUUACACAGUAGUCGUAUUUUAUUGCCGUGUGCUACCUGCCACAGCCAGAUCAGCCAGCCACUAUAAAGAGUUGAUUAGGACAUAACAGUCUGAAGGCUGGUGAAUAGAUAUCCCGUUUUAAACGGCUGCUCUUGCCCUAUAUAAGGGGUCUGUUGGUUUAUUAUUAAGGUCAGUUUCCCAUUCAGUUGGCAGCAUAUUACACACUACAGUACAAAGAAAAGGCAAUAUUUUUUUAGAGAUGAAACCUGCCAGUUUAUUGUUAUGUGUAGUUAUAGUUAUAUUAAUAUUAGAUUAUUUAUAAAUGAAUCCCUAUAUCCUGGAUUGACUGAGGAGAAUUGAUGACUUGAUAAUGACUUGACGAUGACUUGAUUACGAUGUGAUAAUGACUUGAUAAUGACUCAAUGAUGACGCGAUGAUGACUCGAUAAUGACGUGCCAAUGUAUUGAUAAUGACUUGAUAAUGACUCAACAAUGACUUGAUGAUGACUCGAUAAUGGCUUGAUGACUUGACGAUGACUCGAUUAUGAUGUGAUAAUGACUUGAUGAUGACUCGAUAAUGGCUUGAUGACUUGACGAUGACUCGAUUAUGAUGUGAUAAUGACUUGAUAAUGACUCGAUUAUGAUGUGAUAAUGACUUGAUGAUGACUCGAUAAUGGCUUGAUAAUGACUUGAUAAUGACUCAACAAUGACUUGAUGAUGACUCGAUAAUGGCUUGAUAAUGAAUUGACGAUGACUUGACGACGACUCGAUAAUGCCGCGACAAUGGCGUGAUAAUGACACGAUAAUGGCUUGACGAUGACGACA